AUGAAUUCUCCUCUGUUACUUGCCAGAGAGAGCCAGAAGAGCCAGAAGAGCAACAAAAUGAGUGGCCCCCAUAAUGUAGACCUACGGAACAGCAGCACUGUGACACAGUUCACCCUUGUGGGCUUUGAGCAGAGCUCUCCCUCCACAUAAGCACUGCUCUUCACCCUCUUCCUAGUGCUCUACAGCCUUGCCAUGGCCAUGAAUGGCCUCAUCAUCUUCAUCACUUGGACAGACCUCAGGCUUAACAGCCCCUACAUGUACUUCUCCCUGGGUCACCUUUCUUUCUUGGACAUCUGCUUCAUCACUGCCACCAUCCCACAGAUGUUGGUUCACCUGGUAGUCAAGAAUCACACAGUCUCUUUUGUCUCUUGGAUGACACAGAUGUACCUGGUCUUCUUUGUGGGUGUGGCUGAGUGCAUUCUCUUGGCUUUCAUGGCCUAUGACCAUUAUGUCGCUUCCUGUUACCCAAUAAGCUACAUGCAGAUCAUGAAUCAGGUCUGUGUCAGGUUGAUGGGCUUUGCUUGGAUCUUUGGGUUGAUCAAUGGUAUCUUUGUUGAAUAUGUAUCAUUCUGGAAUCCCUUCUGCAGAGAACAUGUAGAACACUUCUUCUGUGAGGCCCCCACAGUGAUUGCACUGUCUUGUGAUGAUCCCCAGUUUAGCAUGAAUUUGAUCUUUAUUGAUGUCACCACAGUGCUGUUCAGUCCCACAGUCCUCUUUGUCACUUCCUAUGUCCACAUCCUGGACUCCAUCCUCCUCAAGUUGGAAAAAACCCUCUCAACUUGUGCCUCCCACCAGACUGUGGUCAUCUUUUUCUACACUUCAGCUAUGUUCUCUUACAUGAAUCCCUGCAGCACACAUGGGCCUAACAAAGACAAGCCUUUCUCACUUCUCUACACCAUCAUCACCCCCAUGUGCAACCCCAUCAUCUACAGUUUGCGCAACAAGGAAAUGAAAGGAGCCGUGGUGAGGGCCUUUAGGAGAACCACGGUGGCCCAGGCAGAGUCUGUCUAG